AUGAAGGUGGAGGAAGAAACGGGAAACGUCGGCGGAGCGGUGGCCGCCAGUGAGUGCUGUAUCACCAGACUUCUGAGCGUCGUGGAGAGCGAGUUACAGGCCGGUCGAGAGAAGGGAGACCCCACAGAAAAACAGCUCAAAGUCACACUGGAAGAUUCUGAACUCUGGAGAAAAUUCAAAGAAGUGACCAAUGAGAUGAUUGUAACGAAGAACGGCAGGAGGAUGUUCCCAGUUCUGAAGGUCAGCGUGGCAGGUCUAGAUCCCAACGCCAUGUAUUCGUUCCUGCUGGACUUCAGCCCUGCAGAUGGGCAUCGCUGGAAGUAUGUAAACGGCGAGUGGGUCCCGGCGGGCAAACCUGAGCCUCACAGUCAUAGCUGUAUAUACAUCCACCCUGACUCGCCCAACUUCGGUGCCCACUGGAUGAAGGCUCCAGUGUGCUUCAGCAAAGUCAAACUGACCAACAAACUCAACGGAGGUGGCCAGAUCAUGCUGAAUUCUCUUCAUAAGUAUGAGCCACAAAUUCAUAUAGUUCGUGUGGGAGGCAGCCACAGGAUGGUGACCAACAUCUCUUUCACAGAUACUCAAUUCAUCGCUGUAACAGCCUAUCAGAAUGAAGAGAUAACUGCAUUGAAGAUAAAACACAACCCUUUUGCUAAAGCUUUCCUUGAUGCCAAGGAAAGGAGCCAUUCAAAGAAUCAUCAAGAACCUCCAGCUGAAAACCAGCAUGUGGGCAUACCACACUAUGGGUGGUUCAUAUCAAACCCAGACACUCUGUGUUCUGCAAGUGGUGGUAACUUUCCAUACCCAGGAGGUUUACCACUCGCUCCCCACCAUGGCUACAAACACUACCCAAGUCUGCACGGACACAGAGCAGCCCCGUACCCAUCAUCCUACUUGUCCCGCCACCAUCAUCACCGUGGUCACAACUCAGUGUCUCUGCCUGAGAAUUUGAGUCCAGGUGCAGUGCAGGUGUUCUCUGGUAAUGAGGGCUGGACAGGUGUGUCUCCUCCUGGUCCUGCUGCGAUGCUGUCUAUGCAGACUGCUCCAAGCUCACCUGGAGCCAGCAGUCAGUAUCCAUGCUUGUGGGCUGUGAGCAGCUGCACUGUGUCAUCCAGUCCUCCAGGGGGCAUUGUGAGCACCACACACAGCCAGGAGGAGCCUGUAGAUGGUAUCUCCACCUCCACAUCACCCUGCACGUUACUGCAGAUCCACGGACCAACCAGCUCUGAGGGUGGAGUUGACCAAGCCAGUCACAGUAGGGUGGGUGGGUUGAGCUGGCCUUCUGUCACCACCCAUUCAUUUUGAAUGAUCUUUAGACUGCAAGAGUGUACAAGAAAUAUUUUAAGAAGUGUACAGUUGGUUCUGAUGUGUGUCAAUAGCUCUGUCCCAAAUUAUGUCUAAAGCCCUUCCUCCAAAUCCACACUUUGAUGACAUAAUGCCACAUAGGCUCUUUCCCAGAUGGUGCCAACUGAACAUUUAAAGGGGUCAUAAGAUGCUAUUUUCUAUAAAUUUAUUAUCUUCCCUGAGGUCCAAUGAUAAUGUUAUGAAAGUGUUUUUGUGCAAAAAAAAAGUCACAAUUAGUAAUAUAUGAUUAUUUUCCACCCUGUUUUUGGCCCUCUGUCUGAAAUGCUCGGUUUUGGCCUAAAGCACCUCCUUAAUACUUCAACGUAAACACCCAAGGUUCUGAUUGGCUAACAUCAUGCAGCCCCUCAAAUUCAGCAAAUUCAAUCGGAAGAACAUAAAACAAAAUUGCAGGAUUUACACAACACAUCCAACACAUUGCAUCUGAAUAUAUUAAACUGUUUAUUUCAAGCGUAACUGUUAACACAGGGCACCAUAAACUAUCAAACAGUCAUGAUAUUUGAAAUAUUCAUGAAUGAAAUGGUUUACUUUUUUUUUUUUGUGUGAGAAUGAUUUUUUGUGUCUUUAAAUGCCCCAUCCUUUAAUAACAGUUCUUUUGCAAAGCUUGAAUUGUAUUAUGAUGGUUCUCAAACAAUCGACACUGACAUGAGCUGAAAAAAAUGAACACAUCAUAGCCCAAAGAAUGGUGAAAUUAUGCACACAUAUACUGAAGGUGCACUGAGGUGUACAUAGCCGGAAACACACCGAAACUGUCAAAGACGUCCAUCGUCAAAGACGUCCUAUGUUUAUAUACACCAACAAUUAAAAAUAGCGCAGAUGGGUGAAAGAACGCGUCCAUGACAUGUUUGUGCUAAAAGCAACACAGGCAGCAGCUGAAUGAAAGAGAAUUACUUCUCCUUUUCAGAGUUGUAACUUGACACCGCGUCUUUAAAAAGAGGCAUGGGAUAUGUAUCAAGUGGUCAAAGAUGUCUGGUAGUGCAUGAAUAUAUUCAAAAAUAAUCCAAAAUAGUCCAGAUUGGUCCCUUUUGGCAUUAUGAUUGGAAUAGUUAGCCACACAAGGCCUGCUCUCUUGACCUGCACACCAGUGGGCGGGGCCAAGGGUGCGAUGACGCAUGUUGUGGGAUGUGUCAAUACAAAUGAGCAAUGUUUUGUGACGUCAAGAACAGACACAUUUCAAAACGAGACGUUUCAGCAGGGUGGCAGCUGGCAACUAUAAAUGCUCUUUUUAGACUGGGGAGGAUGUUUUGAGUCCUGAAAUUUACAGUAUGUUUUUUAAUGUACAGAUACCCUUUAUAUUUCUAAAUAUCAAGGACAAUUUGAUUCUCCAUUUCAUGACCCCUUUAAAUUGCAAUGAAAUUGCAAUUGCGUAAAAAUUACCAUUUCAGAUGUAUCAAAUUAUGAUCAAUAUAUAUCGAUAUAUAAUUAGAUAGUACAGCAGAAAAUAGUUCCGAAAGAAGCCAAUGCAUCAAGCACAACUCUGCUCUCUGCACUGCUCUCUUACUCUGGUUUUAAACUAGUGGUGUUUUGUUUUGUGUUUGUGAAUGAAUCAGUUUUUUUGAACGAGAACGAGUGAUCUUAAAUUAAAUGAAACGUUCUCAUUUACUUCCAUUGUCUCGGUCGUGUUUUCAGCUAAUCAGUUAAGUCAGUGAUUCACUAAAAGAUGCACAUUUUUGACCACUUACUGUUGUAGAGAUGAAAUCUCCAGACAUUGUCAGGGUGAACAAGCAUUCCAGUUGGAAAUAUAGGGAUUAUUUUACAUUUAUUGAGCUGAAAAAAGCAGUGUUUUAGAAAGUAACUUAAAGUAUUUAGUAAUGUAAUUACUUUUACGAUUAAGUAAUCUAAUUAUAAUUUUAAAAAAAUAAUUAGUCAUUUGUAAUGGAUUACUUUAUUUGAGUAAUUUUCCCAACAUGGACCACAA